AUGGUAUGUAAUCAAAAGUUGUGUUCAUUUAUUUUGGAAUUGGAAAUGGGAAAUGGGAAAUGGAGUGGAUCAGUUGGUGGCAUUUUAGGUGCACCCAUUGACAAAGUGUGGACCAUGGUUUCUCAAACUAAAAAGCUACCUGAAUGGAUGCAAAUGGUUGAACAAUGCACUGACUUAGUUGGGGAAGAAGGCAUGCCAGGCUAUGUUAGGCUGGUGUCUGGUUUCAUGUUCCCUCAGCAGGAUGGAGAAAGGUCAUGGAUCAAGGAGAGGCUGGUCUCCAUAGACUCAUCAUCACACAGUUAUGUUUAUAGAAUGGAAACAAGCAAUAUUGGCUUAGAUGGGUCUCUAAAUUCAUUAAAACUUGUAGAUUAUGGUGAUGAUUCAACAUUGGUUAACUGGUCUUUUGAGAUAAACCCUAUAGAAGGCGCAUGCAAGGACAGCAUUAUUGAUUAUGUAGGAUUUCUGUAUAAAUCUAGCAUUAACAGAAUUGAAGUGCUAUUGAAGCAGCAUUCAAACAAGGUUGAGAAGUGUGAUUUGUGUGGCCAUCUCACCUAUGUAAUGAAUUCCACAUGUAUAUGUGUAUGUUGUGGAAAAAUGUCAACUUCACAAAUGUUUUGUCACCUGAUGGAAACAUUGGAAUUACAUCUUGUUAUUUUGUAUCUGGUUCUUCAACAAAUGUCUAGGCAAUUCAAACCUAAUCAGUCGGAGGGAGUUCUAGAAGAGAAGAGAGGAAUUCCAAAUCAAUAUCAGUAA